CGGCCCGGGGAUGGAGCCGGAAGGGGGAGCCGCGGCGGCGGCGGGGCGGAAACGCCUGAGGUUGCACUUGAUAACCUGGAAUGUGGGCACAGCUUCUCCCCCUCCUGAUGUUACCUCUUUACUUCAACUCAGUUUGCAAGGCCUGGCAGUGGACAUGUACAUUGUUGGUUUACAGGAAGUGAACGCCAAGAUUGUGAAUUUCCUAUCUGACCUGGCUUUUGAUGAUCCCUGGAGUAUUUUCUUCGAGACGAUUCUCUCUCCUUUGAGCUAUAUCAAGGUCUCUUCAAUCCGAAUGCAGGGCCUCCUCCUUCUGAUCUUUGCAAAGCAUGCCCAUGUUCCCUUCAUACAGAACAUUCGAAGCCAGUUCACCCGCACAGGGCUAUACGGAUAUUGGGGAAACAAGGGGGCAGUCUCCAUUCGUAUGUCUCUCUAUGGGCACACGGUCUGCUUUGUGAAUUGCCACUUGCCGGCACACAUGGAGAAUGCAGAGCAACGGCUGGAUGACUUUGAGCACAUUCUGGAAAUGCAGCAGUUUGAAGGCGAAAACGUCCCCGGUGUCCUGGAUCACGACAUUCUUUUCUGGUUUGGUGAUUUAAACUUCCGGAUCGAAGACUAUGGCUUGCAUUUCAUCCGAGAGUCAAUAAACAAGAACAGAUUUAGCCUCCUCUGGGAAAAAGAUCAGCUAAAUAUGGCCAAGAAGAAAGAGGCCUUUCUUCAGGAGUUCAGAGAGGGGCCUCUGCAGUUCAAACCCACCUACAAGUUUGACCUCUACUCCAAUGAGUACGACACCAGGGCGCAGACGAUGCUGUUUUGGUUUAACGGGAAGAAACGGAAGCCCGCUUGGACCGAUCGGAUCUUGUGGCGGGUGAAGAGCCUCUUGCUCCACGCUUCGGAAGCAGGGGAGGUGCCGGAAGAGCAGGCCAUUUCCAUGUCUCUGCACAGCUAUGCCAGCCAUAUGAGCUACGGCAUCAGCGAUCACAAGCCUGUGACGGGGACCUUUGGGCUGGAGCUGAAGCCCCUGGUAUCCGUCCCGUUGAUCACCCUGCGUCCCGUGGGCCACUGGAGCACUGGACAGGAUGCCACCAUCAGCUACUCUGCUCUUCCUGAAUUUCCACACAGUGCCUGGGACUGGAUUGGCCUGUACAAGGUGACGUUCAGGCAUGCGAAUGACUACGUGGUCUAUGCCUGGGUGCAGGACAAUGAAAUUUCCUCUGAGGAGGAUGCGAAGCAGGUUUAUCUCAGCACCGAGGGGCUCCCCACAGAAGGAGGGCAGUUUCUCCUGGGGUAUUACAGCCACACAAUGCAAUCCAUAGUUGGCCUUAGCCAGCACUUCCAGAUUCAGCCAAGCAGAACGUCGGCCGAGAAGGACGUGGGAUGGGACGGAGAAGCGUUGCUGUGCGGAGCCACCAAAUGA